AUGAGCAUUUUCACGGGCAACUGCAAGUGUUCGUACACGGUAGGAUUGGUGGGAUUGAGCGUUUGUGGCUUCCUGCUGUCACUGUACACAUCCUACGUGGAGCUGCGUGCCGAACAUGACCAUUCCUACAAAGCGAUGUGCGACAUUAGCGAACGCAUCAGCUGCACGAAGGUGUUCACCUCAAGAUACGGGCGCGGAUUUGGAAUCGUUGGACCGGUUCUCGGUGAAAACUCGCUCCUCAACGUACCGAACGGAUUUUACGGCAUUUUUUACUACUUUAUCGUGGCAGCAUUCAGCUUCAGUGACCAUUUAGCCAUCUCCCGGCUCAACAGCUACCUGAUACUGCUGUCGAACUGUCUAUCGCUGUACCUGGCCUACCUGCUGUACUACGUCCUGGAGGAUAUGUGCAUCGUGUGCGUUACCACGUACGCGGUCAACUUUAUCAGUCUGAUACUGGCGCUACAGAAAAUUCAGGUACUGAUAAGGGACGAACAGGUAAUGCGCGCCUUCAAAGUUAGCAAGGGAAAGUAGGAUACCC